AUGCCACCAAAGAAAGCAGACAAAGCUGCACCUAAGAAAGGUGCAAAGGGGGAAGCAAAAGAAGAUACAAAGGCAGCAAAAGAUGACAAGAAAGGGGGUAAGGGAGGCAAAGGGAAAGAGGAUCCAAAGAAAGGAAAAGGAAAGGGCAAACAAGCUCCUAGUGAAUCUGAGGAGGCCUCCGAGGUGGAAAGGAGUGAGGCUGAGGACAGUGAAGCAGUGGAUGAAGAGGAUGUGCAAAGUGAGGAUGAUGGUGGUAAAAAGGGAAAAGGAAAAGCUGCUCUGAAGGGAGCGUCCAAAGCUAUGGCAGUAAAGGCUGUAGCUAAGCCAAAGCGUGGCCAGGCAGCAGAGGAAGGUGUUGAUCCAAAAACUGGUAAGCGUGCCAAUAUUAAGGCUGCAUCAAAAGCUGUGACAGGAUUCCAACCUGAAGAGAAGAAGCCACAACUUCAGCUAGGUAAAAUGAAGGACAUAAACCUGAAAGGGGCCUCUUCAGCUAUGAUGGGCUUUGCUGUUCAGGGUCAGCAGGAUGUUCAAAAGAAAGAGGAUGCAAAAGCUCAUUUAAAAGGUGCUUCUAAAGUUCUCACAGGUCUGACAGGAAAGUCCCCAUUUUUUUCAAAACCUGCCCCAAAACAAUCUAAAAAGCUAAAAAGCACAUCUAGGCUUUUCAUGGGACUAUCUGGCAGCAAGAAGAAAAAAGGUAUGACACCAAAGGCAUUACAAAGUACAUCAAAGUUGUUUUCAGGUUUCGGAAAGUCCAAAGCUACAGAAGAUGACAAAAAUAAAAAAGAGGAGGGUGGAAGAACACUCUUAUUACUCAGUAUUGGUGGAAAGGCGAAUAAAAAUGCAGCAGCCACCUCUGGACUGGGAGGCAAAUUCAAAGGCUUUUUUGGUAAAAAGAAAACUGGAGCUGCACAAUUCAAGAGUAAAGGAUGGGCUCUGGGGAAGAUAGCAGGAGCAGCAAACUGGCUAACUAACAAAUUCAUCUCAUCCAAAGCAUCUAGACGACUAGGUCGCUCUGUUCGUUAUGACAGGUCAAGUGUGGGGCAAUAUCACGGCUAUCAGAAUGGAGGUUAUGAAUAUGAUGAGGGUGAGUUCAGCUAUGAGGAAGAUGACUAUGUUCAAAGCAGUUAUAGCAGAAAUAAUCCCCGGGGACGAUAUAGAAGCAGAAAUCAUGACAGCUAUGGUCAGGGGCGCUAUAGAGGACCACAUCAGUAUAACUACUUUGAAGAUGACCAGGAGUAUUAUGAUUAUCCUGAAGAUGAGUAUGGAUUCUAUGAUGAGGAGAACGAAUACUAUGAUCCAGUGUAUGAGGAUGAGUAUGGAAAUGAGUAUCUUGAUGAAGAUUAUUAUGAUCAGUAUCAGUAUGAUGGAAGACAACCUUAUGGUUAUUAUGAUGAUGAUAGAAUGGACUAUGGUUACAGGCACCAGAGAAUCGAUGAAUUUGGAUACCCUGUUGAUGGUAUGGAAUACUAUGAUGAAAUGGGUUAUGCGAUGGAAGAUGAAUUUGGCUACCUUGGUAAUGAUGUGGAAUAUUAUGACUAUGGAUACUAUCCAGAACAGUUUGACUAUUAUGGUGAUCAGCAAAACUAUUAUAGUCACUAUGAUGGUGUUUCAGAUGCCUACAUGAUGUAUCCAGGUUAUCAAAAUGCAUACAAUCAAAACCAGUACAUGUACAGUGGAGAAACCGCUGCGGUUUACAUUGACCCUCAGAUGGCUGUUAACCAGCCAUUUAUGUACACGGUGGAGGACGUCAUGGAACCAACAGAACCCUCAGAAAUGUACGACCUCAGAGACCUCUUUCACCAUCACCAUCAGUGUUUUCUGGCAGAAUUCAACAUGACCCACAACAUCUGCCUACUCGUUCAUCCACACGUAGAUUCAGAGGAUUUGAGAAAUCCUACUCCUUUCCAGCAAGCACAUGAUUAUUCCUCCCCUUUGUCAAAUGCAUUAAAGAAUCCAAACCUUCAAGGUGCCUCCUUUCGACUACCUGAUACAUCAAUAAUAUCUAGGAAUUUCGGAGGCCAAAAAGAGGAGACUACUACAUCUGUUCUGUCAAAUGCUUUGCAAAACCCUAGUCUCCGGAAAGCAACUUACAGGCUCCCAGAUGGUACAAUAAUAUCAAGAAAUGAGCCAGCACAACCAGCUCCAUCUUCUUUACUGUUAUCCAAUGCUCUUCAGAAUCCUAACAUUCGAAAAGCAAGUUACAGGCUUCCCGAUGGAACACUUGUAUCCACUAGCACUGAUGAAGCCGCGGACACAACCAAUUCCUCACCAUACCUGGGAAGUGCUCUGCAGAAUAUUAACCUACGUAAAGCAUCUUAUAAACUACCUGAUGGCUCUCUCUUUUCUCGAAACCAACCAGCAGAACAGUCAUCCUCUCCAUGUCUUUCAAGUGCUCUUCUAAAUUCAAACCUUCGUAAAGCUUCCUACAGACUUCCUGAUGGAACCCUUUUGACUAAGAGCUCUGAACAAGAACCAGAGAAGUCAAUUUCAUCUAAUUUGUCAAGUGCACUACAAAAUGUUGGUAAGGCCAACUAUCGCUUACCUAGUACCUCUGGCCUGUUUACAAAACAAGAGCAAGCUCCCCCUUCAAUGUUGUCCAGUGCCCUUCAGAACCAAAACCUUCGUAAAGCAUCUUACAGAUUGCCUGAUGGAUCAAUCGUGACAAGAGGUCAACCAGCUCAAAGUGAAUCUCCCACAUCACCCUUUCUGGGAAAUGCCUUGACGAACAUUAACUUACGUAAAGCAUCCUACAAGUUGCCGUCAACACUGGGACGUUCUCCAGAGGACCCAAGGUACGCAGUAGUGACCCCUCAGAUUCAGGGCCAGUCUGGUGAACACUGGGCUCAAAAUCAAAUACUAGAUCUUCAUGAGCCAGAUGAUGUCUGGUCUUCAGAAAGAGUCCUCCCUCAUCAUACUGUUCAGAACCUCACAAAAUGGUCCAUGUAUAGGGAUGAAGAACUGGAGAAUUUUGUCAUCCCUGUGUUUCCUGGCCAAGAGACAGAUAGCACAGAACCUGCAUGGCUACCAGAUAGAGAAGGUGAACCUCAAGGGAACUGGUAUGACAAGAUGUACUCAAUUCGAAGUCUGCCCACAAUGCUGUACCGUGAAUGUACAGAGGAGGAUGGCUUUGAGGACAUGACACAGCUUGAGGAGCUGCACGAAGGUGCUGUGUUACUGAAUUUGAAGAAAAGGUUUGAAAGCAAUUUGAUAUAUACUUACAUUGGAAGCAUCCUGGUGUCUGUUAACCCAUACAAGAUGUUCAACAUCUAUGGAACAGACAUGGUUCUGCAACACAAAGGACAUGCGCUUGGAGAGAAUCCUCCACAUCUAUUUGCUAUUGCAAAUGCCUCAUACACAAAAAUGUUGGAUGCCAAAGAAAACCAGUGCAUUAUUAUCAGUGGGGAGAGUGGCUCUGGUAAAACAGAGACCACAAAGCUAGUUCUCCGGUACUUAGCCGCAAUACAUCACAAACAGAACAUCACACAGCAGAUUCUUGAAGCAACUCCUCUUUUAGAGUCUUUUGGAAAUGCCAAAACCGUACGGAACGAUAACUCCAGUCGAUUUGGGAAAUACAUGGAAAUAUUUAUGGAAGAAGGGGUAAUCAGCGGUGCCAUAACCUCACAGUAUCUACUUGAAAAGUCCAGGAUUGUGUUUCAGGCCAAAGAUGAAAGAAACUAUCACAUUUUUUAUGAGAUGCUUGCUGGCCUUCCUUCACAGCAGAAACGGUCUUUAUACCUUCAAGACGCAGAGACGUAUUAUUACCUCAAUCAAGGUGGAGACUGUGAGAUUGUUGGCAAAAAUGAUGGGGAGGACUUCCGCAGGCUCCUCAGCGCCAUGGAAAUACUUCACUUCAGUGCCGAAGACCAGAGCGGUAUCUUCAGGAUCCUGUCUUCCAUCCUCCACUUAGGAAAUGUCUUCUUUGAGAGAUAUGAGACUGAAUCUCAGGAAGUUGCAUCAGUUGUGAGUGCUCAGGAGAUCCGAGUGGUGGCUGAAAUUCUACAGAUUUCCCCAGAGGGUCUACAGAAGUCCAUUACUUUCAAAGUCACGGAAACAAUGAGGGAAAAGAUCUUCACCCCCUUGACUGUUGAGAGUGCAAUUGAUGCCAGAGAUGCUGUUGCCAAGAUCCUGUAUUCCCUUCUGUUCAGCUGGCUAACAGACAGAAUAAAUAGACAGGUUUAUCCUCGGAAUGAAGCACUUUCUAUCUCCAUCCUUGAUAUCUAUGGAUUUGAGGACCUUACCUUCAACAGUUUUGAACAGCUUUGCAUAAAUUAUGCAAAUGAGUACCUUCAGUUUUUUUUCAACAGGGUCAUUUUCAAAGAAGAACAAGAUGAAUAUAACAGAGAGCAAAUCAGCUGGGAAGAGGUGCCUUUCUCUGACAACCAGGCCUGUAUUGACCUCAUUGCAGCAAAGCCACAUGGGAUACUCCGAAUUCUUGAUGACCAGAGCGGGUUUCCACAGGCUACAGACCAUACCUUCCUUCAGAAAUGCCACUAUCAUCAUGGCAACAAUCCACUGUAUUCCAAGCCAAAAAUGCCUCUCCCUGAGUUUACUAUCAAGCAUUAUGCUGGGAAGGUCACUUAUCAGGUUCAUAAAUGUCUGGAUAAGAAUUACGAUCAAGUUCGCCAGGAUGUUCUUGACCUUUUUAUUCAGAGCAAAAACAAGAUGGUUGCAUAUCUCUUUAUGAGUUAUGCUGAGGCCCUCAACCAACAGAAAUCUCAUGUUGGGAAGAACAGCACAGUAACGCGGCGCCAGCAGGCCUCAACGGUGGCAGCCAAGUUCCAGCUAUCCCUCAUGGAGCUCAUUGAAAAGAUGGAGAGAGCCAACCCAUAUUUUGUGAGGUGCAUAAAGCCAAACCAAAACAAGGAGCCUGGUGUGUUUGACAUGGAGCUGGUUAGUGCCCAAAUUAACUAUUCGGGGAUUUUGGAAACAAUUCGAAUCAGGAGAGAGGGUUAUCCGAUCAGAAUGCCAUUUGAUGUCUUCCUUUUCAGAUACAAGUCCCUGCUAGGCCUCAAACAGCCUCCUCCUGCCAAUGGUGAAAACUGUGUCAUCAUGUUGAGGAAGCUUUGUCCUGUUAGACCAGGAGCAUUUCAAGUUGGUGUCACCAAGUUGUUCGUGAAAGAGGACAUAUACUUUCUGUUGGAGAGCAAGAGGGACAGAGUAAGGCAUGUAGCUGCCCUGACUCUGCAGCGUUAUGUCAGGAUGUUCUUUGUGAGAAAACGUUAUAUGGCCUUCCGCAUGAAGAUCAUACGCCUGCAGGCCCACUGCCGAGGCUUUCUCACAAGGAAACGGUAUGUGAAAAUGAGAGCUAGCCUGGUGAAAUUCCGCUCUCUGAUCCAUAUGUACGUUGAUCGCAAGAGAUACAUCAAGGAGCUGUCUAAACGGGAAGUGGUCAACGUCACUCAUCUGGUCAUUCCAGCUGAACUCGGAGCAUUGCUGCAAGCAGCUGCCGGUGGCAGAGAGCUCCAUUCUGAUUGCUUGGCUUUAGUCCAGGCUCCCACAGUUCAGGUGGAGUCGCAGCUCACGCUACCUCUUGAUAUCAACAACUACACCAUCUCCAAAUUUAUCCAGAUUCACUUCAAAGAGGCAAAGUUUGGAAUGUUAACUGCACCUUUGAAGACACCACUAACCCACAUUGAUGACGAUCUUACACAUGACGCUCUAGAUGUCUUUGUCAUGAUCUUGAGGUUUAUGGGUGACCCACAUCUAAAUGGUGCUCAGGAGAAUUUAUUUGGAAACUACAUCAUCCAGAAGGGGCUUACCAUCCCUGGCUUGCGGGAUGAAAUCUUAUGUCAAACUGCCAAUCAGGUUUGGAGAAACACCAAUCCAGAUAACUCGGAGAGAGGCUGGCUGCUGCUGCUAGCCUGCCUGAGUGCCUUUGCACCAUCAGCCAAAAUGGAGAAAUACCUUCUGAAGUUUGUCUCAGAUCAUGCCUAUAAUGGAUUCAAAGCUGUUGGCCAACACAAGCUCAUUCAAGCCAUGCAAAAGUCCCUGUAUGGACCGGAGACAGCGAGGACUUACCCAUUGUCCCUUCUGGAAUGGACAGCCAAUAGGAAGAAAGCAAACAUGGUUUUGCAAGUGCACUGUUUUGAUGGGACAUCUUUCCUUUGCCCUGUGCACUCCUGGACGAGUGGGGAGGAGCUGGCUGGAGAUAUUCUACAGCAUAGGGGUGUGACGGAGGCCUGGAAGGGGUGUUCUGUUAUCAUGAAGGAGCACGGACAGUGGGCGGAGCUCGCAGGGCAUGAUUAUGUAAUGGACUUGAUCGCAGACAUGGAACUGAUGAGAAAUUUUCCCAAGCAAAAGUCCUACUUCAUCAUCUCCGCUGAGAGUCCCACCAGAACUAGGCCCAAUGCCAGCCUGGCUCUGUUUGGAAGCGGGUUUGAUUCUGAUGAUGACAGUUCACUUCUGCUCCCCCAGACAAUGCCACGCGCCAGUCUGCCAGAUUCAGAUGGAUAUUACAGCCACGAGUAUAAGGAUUUUGAGAAGUCAUCCAGCAUGUCCAGCCGUAUGAAGGGAGCUGGUGGGAUUGGAGGGCAGGAUGGUGACAGAGAGAAGCCCCUCUCCAGCAGGCCUUAUCCCCCCGGACUGCAGCCCGGCGCGGUGCCAGUUCUACCUGUUAUGGGAGGAACAAUGAUGCCACCUAUACCUAUGGCAGCUAUGUCUUCUGUGCCUCAUGCACACGCCCCUACCGCCGUACCUUCAGUACCCCCAAUGCCAGCUUUGCCUGCUAUGCCACCUUUGCCAGCUGUGCCUAAUGUGCCACCAAUGCCUGAUAUGUCAGGUGUAGAUCCAGCUGUCUUAGCACAGCAGCAGCAAGCCAUCAUCAACCAGCAAGCGAUUAUACUGGCUCAGCAGAUGACAAUGCAAGCCAUGGCCCUCCAGCAGCAGAUGUAUAAUUCAGUGCCAGCUCCCCGCUCCAGCCAGUACAGCCCCAUUAAACAAGAAACUGGACCUGUUUCCUACAAACCAACCCCAGCUUCUCCACCACAGAAAUCUUCACAGCGACAGUACAGCCCAACUAGAAGGGAUCCACCAGCGGGAGAUGUGGUGCGAGCCACUGUCUCAAACUCUGAACAUUUAGAGCCAAGUCACAACAUCAAAGACAUUAUCAAGCAGUACCAGGCAAACCCUGUAAAACCAACAGAGAUUGCCAGGCGGGAAGCUAAAGUGUUUUUGAAGAAACCAGACCCCCAUGAUGAAGCUAUUAUGAUUCUUAAGGACCAGAUGAGUGCUCCACCUCCACAGUAUGUUGGUAUCCCACACAACCAGCGGAAGAAAACCUACACUCCAGUCUCUCCCUCAUCAUCUGCAAAGGAGUAUGAUUAUGAUGGUGGGGCACUGAAACCAGCAAAAAGCAUCAAGAUGCAGCGAUCACCUCCUGUGCCAGCUGUUAGUCAGAGAUUCCCGGCACCUGCACCUGUAUCUAGAGAACUUCCAGUAGAAGAGGAGAAUAUUCAGACUCAGCUGCACAAGAGGAGCAGUGAAGAGCACUACACCUACACCAAUGUACCAUGGAAGAUCUACUUGAGAAAAGAGGUUUUUUAUCCAAAAGACAGCUUCAACCACCCGCUGAUGUUAGACCUGUUGUUCAAGCAGAUUGUCCAUGACACAUUCUCAGAGGCUUGCAUUCGCAUUACAACAGAAGAAAGGCAGAAGAUGAAAUGCCUUUUUGUGGAGCACAACAUUGGCAUGAAUGCCACAAUCCAGGAUGAGAAUGUGAAGAAGAAGAUUGUGGUUGCUGCAAGAGACACCUGGGAGAUCUACUUCUCACGCCUCUUCCCAGCAUCCGGCAGUGUUGGCACAGGAGUCCAGGUGCUGUCUGUAUCUCAUAGAGGGAUCAAGCUUUUGAAAAUGGUCAGGAGCAGUGCGGUAGCUCCAGACUACUUCAGAGUUCUGCGACCCUACAGCUACACAGACAUCAUGUUCGUCACCAUUCCUUCCAAAAACAUGCUGGAGUUCAACCUCACCAAUGAGAAACUGAUUCUGUUCUCUGCCAAAGCUCCUCAGGUCAAAACCAUGAUUGACUACUUUAUCACAGAGCUGAAAAAGGACUCAGACUAUGUCGUUGCUGUGCGUAAUUACAUUACAGAUGACAGAACGCUGCUGAGUUUCCACAAGGGAGACAUCAUACGCUUGCAGAAAAUGGAAGGCCUAGAUGCAGGCCAGUGUUAUGGUUUCAUAGUGAAAAAGAAGGUGAUUCUCCUGGAGGAAUUAAAAAGAGACACACCUGAUUUUGGCUGGAAGUUUGGGGCCAUUCAUGGGCGAUCUGGGGUUUUUCCUGUGGAGUUUGUUCAGCCAGUGGCUGCUCCUGACUUCAUUAACAUUCCUGUGGACAAGAAAGAGGAACCCAAGAAUAAGCAGGGUCGCGUGGCCGCCUCAGCAGCUGUGGCAGUGGCUGUAGGGUCUGCCGCCGCAGCCCAUGAACUCGACCGGUCUAUUGAGGUGGCGUCUUCUGUCAGUGAGUAUGCAGAGGCCUACGCAGACAGCGCUGAUAUGGAUAUCGAUGAGAGAAUCUUGCAAGACAGCCAAUACAACAUGGUGGAAUUUGCAAAGAGAUAUUUCAGAGGGGCCCAGAGAAAAAAUGGUGAUUCAUAUAAGAAAAAGUCAAAGAAAACAAAGGAAUCCAGGGAACCAUCAGAAAUGGUGAAAUUUUCCAAGUCUCCAAUUCAAGAGUCCCUAAUCGAGUUCACUGAUGAAAACAUGAACAAAGUAGCUGCAGAGAUUUUUCUUGCUAUUAUGAAGUUUAUGGGAGACUACCCUAUGAAAAGCCAGACGGAGCAGGAGGUUGUGAGCACCUUCCUAAGGCUGAGUGGCGAGUAUGGACUACUGAGAGAUGAAGCGUACUGCCAAGUCCUCAAGCAGAUCACAGUGAACACCAGCUCCAAGACGGAGAGUUGUCAGAGAGGCUGGAGGCUGCUGUACAUCCUCACUGCAUACUACAAGUGUUCAGAGGCGCUCAAACCUUACCUGCUGAAGUACCUCCUAGACGUCUGUGCAAGUCCAGGGGUGCACUUUCAAGGUAUUUCCAAGGCUUGUGAGCAGAACCUAAGGAAGACGUUCCAGUAUGGUGGACGUGUUGAACAUCCUGAUGGGAUGGAAUUGAAAGCUAUGCUGGCUGGAAGGAGCUCCAAACGCCAGUUGUUUCUUCUUCCUGGUGGAAUUGAACGCCAUCUAAAGAUCAAAACCUGCUCAGUGGCUUUGGAUGCCAUUGAAGAGCUGUGCUAUGUGAUGGGUCUGCAUAAACUUGAAGCCUUGGAUGAAUAUGCUAUAUUUGUGGUCACAAACAGAGGUCAGAAUGUCCGCCCUCUAAACAAAAGGGAGUACAUCCUGGAUGUUGCUACAGAAGCUGAACAUGUUGAUAGCAACUACAGUCUGUGGUUUCGAAGAGUGAUCUGGACGCAGCCACUGAAGUUUGACAAUGAGCUCGGAGUCACUAUGCAUUACGAUCAGGUGUCCCCUGACUACUUGAAAGGGCUGCUCAAUGCUGUCCCACAGGGUAAAGCCAGUGAGCAGCAGCUUCAGCAAGUGUCAAAACUGGCAGCUCUGCAACAUCGUGCCAAGGACUCGAUCUACCUGCCCACCUUCCAUGAGGUUCAGGAGUAUAUCCCCACCCAGCUCUUCGGUCUCCAGCGGCACCAGCAAUGGUUAAACAUGGUGACCCAGCACAUGCAGCAGGUGCAGCCCCUCACUCCUCAUCAGGCCAAAGCACAAUUUCUGGGGCUCGUGAGUGCUUUUGCCAUGUUUGGCUCAUCAUUCUUCUACAUACAGAGCAGCAGUAAUAGUGCUAUCGACACCCCAUGCAUACUGGCUGUCAAUCAAAAUGGUCUGAACUUUCUAAGAAAAGAUACUCAUGAGCCGAUGGUGAAGUUUCCGCUGAAGGAGGUCCAGUCCACCCGUACACAGAGGCCCACAGCUGGCUCCAGUUACCCGUAUGUGGAGAUAAUGCUGGGUGACCUAAUGUCUCAACGCAUUACACAGUUACAGCUGGACCAGAGUCUUGAGCUGUGCCGUGUUAUCGCCAUGCAUAUGGAGAACCUGCUGUCAGUACGAGAGAAGAGACUUACUCUGCCGCCCAGUGAAAUCACUCUGCUCUAGCACCCCUUCUCACAGAUGAUAUUUAUUAUUACUUUUAUGGCAAUAAUUGCAAUCAGACACUAUUAAACUCCUUCACGUCGAAAGCCAGCUGUCAUUAUUGAUAGUGCAAUAUGCCUGUUUGCAAUUUCAAAACCAAGUUCCAGGAUUAGCUUGUUAUGCACAAUAAUUUGCAUGUAUUCCAUUAGGUUGAACAUAUGGGCCUAUAAUUUCAAACGGUAUAGUACUACAUCUA